CUCGGUAACAACACCAAACGAAUUUGAGGGAGAUGGGAAGAAAUGAGGUCUGAUAAGGACCAAAUGACCGCGGGUAAAGAUAAAGGAGUCGUCGAGAUUCAUUUGAAAGACUUUCAAGGAGAACAGGAAAACGCCCCCGCCAGUGCUAAGCUGAAAGAAGAGAAAAGGGAGGUUUUCACGAAGGUGGUUAUUCGAAGGCUUCCACCUAACCUGUCAAAGGACCAACUCGAAGAGCAUCUUAGUCCUCUUCCAUCUUAUGACUAUUUUGAGUUUUUUCCAGCAGAUCAAAGUCUUUAUCCCCACCUGUUUUCCCGAGCUUAUAUAAACUUCAAAAGCACAGAAGAUAUCCUGCUGUUUCGAGAUCGAUUUGAUGGUUAUGUCUUCAUUGACAACAAGGGCCAGGAGUAUCCUGCUGUAGUAGAGUUUGCCCCUUUCCAGAAAAUUUCCAAAAAGAAGCUGAAGAAGAAAGAUGCCAAGGCUGGAAGCAUUGAAGAAGAUCCAGAAUAUAAGCGUUUCUUGGAGAACUACUCCUGUGAUGAAGACAAGUCCAUGGCCAAUCCUGAGACCCUUCUUGGGGAGAUAGAAGCUAAGACUAGAGAGCUCAUAGCCAAAAGAACGACGCCCCUCCUGGAGUACAUAAAAAACAAGAAAAUCGAAAAACAGAGGAUCCGAGAGGAGAAGAGAGAAGAGAGAAAGCGACGGGAACUUGAAAAGAAAAGGCAACGUGAAGAAGAGAAGCGAAAGCGACGAGAGGAGGAGAGGCGCAAGCGAAAAGAGGCUGAGAAACAGAAAAAGCUUUCUGAAAAAGACAUCAAGAUUAAGCUUUUAAAGAAGAGUGACAGAGAUGAUGAUGCUGAUUCAGAUCGAAUAAAGGAAAAAAGUGACCCUUGUGAUGUAGGUGGGGGCAAAUGGGAGAAAACUGGAGGACAACCAAAAUCAAAGGAUCCAAAAGAAAACAGAGGUCAGCCUGAGAGUGACAAAGAGCAGAGAGAGCAGCACAGCCGCAGGCAGAGAGAUAAGGAUCACCGUGGUAAGGAUGACGAGAGAAAACGGCAACGACAUCACUACGAGUUUGAAAAGUUCAUGCGCCGGAAAGAUGAGACCAAAUGGGGGAAGGGCUACUGCCAGGACCGGGCCAAGAAAGAGGGCCAUCAUCAUGGCUAUUCUUACUGUCCUGACAGUGGAGAUAAAAUGGGAAAGGAGGACAGGGAGGAUCUGAGCAAUAGAAAGGAACGCCUCCGAAACAAGGUGAGCGAGAAGGACCGUCCAGCCAUGCAGCUCUAUCAGCCAGGUGCGCGCAACAGGAAGCGUAUGGGUUCAGCUAAUAAACCUUAUGACUGCCUCCCCAUUGGUCAUUCCCCUGAAUGCAGGACGGAGCAUUGUUAUGAGGUCCUCAACAUGGGAACUGGGAAGGAGAGGGGAUUUGAGAAAAGCAAAGAUGAGCAGUGAGUGGUUUGGGUUUUAGGAGAAGAUUAAUGAUGCACAACAACUGGGGAUUUUUUUCAGAGUAAACUGAUGGAAGCUGUUCUUACUGCUUCACUGGUUUCUUAGUUCCUGUUUGUAGGCUGGUAUUGAAGUUGUAUCUGUUUAUUUUUUUCUGUCACCACGUUUUCAGCCUCAUGUAUUGUUAUGGUACUUUCCUCUCACGUGUGGUAGAAAGCAUCACAGUUACACCCAGGACAACACAGUAUUUGUAAGACAAUGACAUUGCCUUCUGUAUGAGAAACUAUUUACAACAUAUGAAACAUCUUAAAAUGUGUUUUCUUUAUUCUUCUUGUUUUAUUUAUAGUAAUAUAAACAUGUUUUAUGUCAAACUGAUAAAGAAACUGACUUUUUAAAAUUUGGGGUAAAGGUAUUUUGCUGUAUGUACAGUUAACCAGCAGACCAAGAACAACCAAGGAAAUCAAAUUUCUUCAAAAUGUUAUGCUUUGUGAAUUCAUGCAUAAACACCUACAGUGUCACCAGAAACUAAAAACACCAUGUUAUAUUUUCUACACUCUGGUAUAUAGAUUUAUUCUAAAACUGCGAAUAGUUUUCUAUCAUUUAUAUUAAGCUUGGGUGUAGUAUCACUUUCCAAAAUCCAUAAAUCACAUUUUCUGACAAGUUUGUAUAUUUAACAGAACAAUUUAAAUAAAAAUUGGUGCCUAAGUGUUCACUUCCUUUAAUAUAACAGUUAAAAUAAAGUUCUGGUACAUCUGAUUGCAACUGAUGAUCUUUAACAACUUUCUGCAACUCUGAGCUUACUUGUGAUACUUGUGAAUAGAUUGUGAAUAGAACACACUUGUCUAAAUGAGGUCUUAUCAUUGAUAGUGCAUUGCAGAGCAGAAACCACACUGUCAAAGGAGUUUUCUAAAUAACUCUGAGACCGGAUUGAGUCAAAAGCACAAAAAUUAGAGAGCAUUUGCUUAACCAUAAAAGCACCAUGGUCUCUAUUAUAUUGAAAUAAGAUAGUUGGAAGCAGCAGGAUGUUGCAUAAAUAUGGCUGCUAAACCUAAGUGAGUCAUCCGAGAAAAAGGAGUUUGGUCAGAGACAUGGGUGGUUCUAGACAGGGGCCCACAGGGGCCAGUGCCCAGUGCCCCUAUAUAACUGGCCCCUUAUCUAGCCACUGCACUAAAGAAAAAAUAGUUUAUGUUUAUGAUUAUAUUUGUUUGAACAGAAACCAGAACUGAUUGGUCCUUUUCACCAAAUUAGAUUUUUAUCUUUUUCUGUUUUAUUUAGAGUGAUUUAAAAGUGAAAGUGCUGCACUUUUAGUUUCAGUUGUCUUUGGAUAUAAUCAUGGUAUUCAUCUGCUAUAUUAGUAGCCUAGAAGAUGCCACAAGUAGCUUUUUGGCUUACUUUAUAUAUUAUAUGUUAUAUUUUUUGUAUUGUUAUUACAUUUGCCCUGUUCCCCCAAGGAAAUUUAAUCCUGACCUUCUGACAGAGGUGUCAAGUAACAAAGUACAAAUAAUUCAUGACCUUACUUAGCAAAAAUGUUGGCUAUCUAUACUUUACUGGAGUCAUUUUUUUUUUACCCCUUUUUUUGUUUUGUUUUUUCUAAUUUAAGCACAUUUUCAUUAUAGCAUUUUUGGUAUUUAAAAAAAAAUAAAAAACAUGAAAAUAAUUUGUUUCAUCAAGACAAUUAAUUCCUUGGUGGUUUUACUGCACCAACUUGUUGUCCACCACCUACCAAAUUCAAUAGUUUUCAAGUUGAUGCAAUUUAAAAUUUGACACUGUUGCCAUUAUUUAUAGAUGAUCAUAAAUCAUCUACAUGAUUUAAUAUAAGGAAGAUUUCAUCCAGAAUUGUAGAAAAAUUUUCCUUUUAGUAAGGUAGUGAAGUAUAAGGUUUAAGCAUCUGUCCUUAAAUUUUUUCCUGCAUUACCUUUACUUUUAUACUUAAAGUAGUUUU